CAGCAGCCGCGGCCACCUGGAGCGUUGGCCAGUGGGUGGGGAACAUGCAGCGGCCUUGAGCGCGCACGGAAGGGCGCCCAGGAUGGAGCUGAGCCUGGAGAGCCUCGGGGGGCUGCACGGGGUGACACACGCUCAAGCUGGCGAGCUGCUGAGUCCCAGCCACGCGCGCUCCGCUGCGGCCCAACACCGAAGCCUGGUGGCAUCGGGACGCCCGGGCCUGGUGGCGGGCAUGGCUAGCCUGCUGGACGGUGGUGGCGCCGGGGGCGGGGGCGCCGGGGGCGCGGGAGCUGCAGGGGCCGCGGGUGGUGGCCCUGACUUCCGUGGGGAGCUGGCUGGUCCCCUGCACCCGGCCAUGGGUAUGGCGUGCGAGGGCCCAGGUUUGGGUGGCACCUACACCACGCUCACGCCCUUGCAGCACCUGCCGCCCCUGGCCGCCGUAGCCGACAAGUUCCACCAGCACGCGGUGGCCGGGGCGCACGGAGGCCACCCGCACGCGCACCCUCACCCGGCCACCGCGCCGCCACCGCCCCCUCCGCAGCGCCUGGCGGCCAGCGUGAGCGGCAGCUUCACCCUCAUGCGCGACGAGCGGGCGGCGCUGGCCUCGGUGGGCCACCUCUACGGGCCCUACGGCAAGGAGCUGCCCACCAUGGGGUCGCCACUGUCGCCGCUGCCCAGCGCGCUGCCCCCAGCUCUGCACAGCGCCCCGCAGCCGCCACCGCCUCCUCCGCCGCCGCUCGCAGCUUACGGGGCUCCGGGCCACCUGGCCGGGGACAAACUACUACCACCCACCGCCUUCGAGCCACACGCCGCGUUGCUGGGACGCGCGGAGGACGCGCUGGCCCGAGGGCUUCCUGGAGGCGGCGGCGGCGCGGGAGGCGGCGGGGCGGCUGGCGGGGCGGCCGCGGGUUUGCUGGCUCCGCUGGGCGGGCUGGCCGCGGCUGGGGCUCACGGGCCUCACUCAGGUGGUGGUGGCCCCGGAGGGGGCGGUGGCGCCGGCGGAGGCGGCAGCGGCCCGGGAGCCGGCGCCGCAGCCGAAGAGAUCAACACCAAAGAGGUGGCCCAGCGCAUCACCGCCGAGCUGAAGCGCUACAGCAUCCCGCAGGCCAUCUUCGCGCAGCGCAUCCUGUGCCGCUCGCAGGGCACCCUCUCCGACCUGCUGCGCAACCCCAAGCCUUGGAGCAAGCUCAAGUCCGGUCGCGAGACCUUCCGCAGGAUGUGGAAGUGGCUGCAGGAGCCCGAGUUCCAGCGCAUGUCGGCGCUGCGCCUGGCAGCCUGCAAGCGCAAGGAGCAGGAUCAACAGAAGGACAGGGCUCUACAGCCCAAGAAACAGCGGCUGGUGUUCACCGACCUGCAGCGCCGCACGCUGAUCGCCAUCUUCAAGGAGAACAAGCGGCCGUCCAAGGAGAUGCAGGCCACCAUCUCACAGCAGCUGGGCCUGGAGCUCAACACCGUCAGCAACUUCUUCAUGAACGCCCGACGCCGCUGCAUGAACCGCUGGGCUGAGGAGCCGGGUGCCACUCCGGGCACCGCGACAGCCACUGCCACCUUCUCCAAAGCCUGAGCCUUCCAUCCCCCCCCACCCCCACCCCAGCCCCAGGGAAUCGCACACCCCAGCUCCGGGCAUGGGGACCCCUCCCCCACCCAGCCAAAGGAAAUCCCACCCACCCCCAGGGGACAGGGACCCACCCGAGCCCCCUUCAGUUUUGGACACUAAAAGGACCUCCCUCGAGGGAAGAGUGGGUCAAGAAUCAAGCACACCUUACAAACAAAACCCGGGUAUU